ACACAGGGUAAUGAUCCUAGACUACAAGACUUCUGAGGGGGGAAGCCAGCAGUUAUCCUGGACCGACACUGCGCUGACCAGCCACAAGUACUGUUCAGAUAUGCAGCAGAAAUUAGGGGCACCAACCCUGGACGCUGAGCUGGCAAGAAGAUGCCUACAACUAAGUGAAGAACUAAGUGUGCCAGAGAAGCUGGGUCAUGCUACCUAUGAAUGGAAAGCCCUCCAUUUGGCAUCCUGGAAUGGGAACACUGGUCUUGUGAAACAACUUUUACAACAAGGAGAAAAGAUUGAUGACAGGGAUGAGCUUGGCUGGACUCCUCUUCACUGCGCAGCAUCCAAUGGUCACUUAGUUACAGCAAAGCUCUUAAUCCAGAGAGGAGCUUCAAUAAAUGUUCAGGAUGCUUCAGGCUGUACCCCUCUCCACCAUGCUGCAUGGAGUGGCCAUACACACUUGUCUGAGAUGCUGUUAAACCGUGGAUCCAGUGCCAUCGCUCCUACAAAAGGAGGUCUAACAGCUUUACAUUUAGCGGCAGCAAAUGGUCAUACACUCAUUGCACAGCUAUUGUUGAAGAAAAAUACAGACCCAUGUAUUGGUGACAACAACAAGUGGAGUCCAUUGCACUGGGCAACCGUCAGCAAUCAUGUCCAUAUCUUAGAACUUUUAAGUGAACACAAUGUCUCCCUUGGACUUGAGACCUCUGGGAAUUUGACCCCUUUGCAUGUUGCAGCUGAGACUGGAAAAAUGGAGGCUCUGAACUAUCUCUUGGAGAAGGGGGUCGAUGUGAAUGUCCAAGACAUGCUGGGCAGAACAGCUCUAGCAAUUGCAGCUAGUAAUGGUAGCUUGGAGGUUAUUCACUUGCUUUUGGAUAAUAAAGCUCAGCCGAACGUUGCGGACAAUCAUGGACGGACCGCCUUACACAAGGCCGCGGCAGCAGGGCAUCUCACUGUGGUACAGAUCCUUGUCCAGAACGGAGCCUCAGUGAAUAUAAAGGACAGCCUGUGUCUCACACCAAUGCAGAGAGCGGCCAUGAUGGGACACAAGCAAGUGUCUACCUACCUGCAAGGAGCACUACCUACAGUUCAAAAUGUACUCUAAUCCUGUACGUCUCUAACUAGGGUCACCUCUCACAUUGAACAUGCAGUUCCAUCUGCAGGCAGUGGAGUAUACAGAAAGAGGAGCUGAGCAGACUGGUAUAUAUUGGGGGAGAUUUAUCAAACUGGUGUAAAGUAGACCUGGCUUAGUUGCCCAUAGCAACCAAUCAGAUUCCACCUUUCAUUGUACAGCACUCCCCUGGAAAGGUGAAAUAUGAUUGGUUGCUUCGGGCAACUGAGGCUAGUUUCACAUCAGCGACGUAUAUUCUUUCCAGAUACGGCACUGCCGGAUGCAAAAGGUACGCCCGCCGGCCCAGUUAUGUACAUUCCUGUACGCUGCGGUUUGUGUCUGGCCGAUUCUCUGCAUUUUCUGACGUAACAGGCGGCCAGAUCUCCGUACAGCUGAUGUGAAACUAGCCUAAGCCAAUUUUUCUUUACACCAGUUUAAUAAAUCUCCCCCACUGAGUUUUGUGGGAAAAGUAUAAUUUUCAGUAUAAUUUUAUUUUUAUUUUUUUGAAAUGGAGUCUGUCACCUAAUUUUCAUAAACAUCAUGUUCAGCAUACAAUGUUUCCCUUGUUGGUGGUUCCGUGCUCCAGAAAAAGAAGUUUGAGCCGAUAUGCUUGUGAAGGCCAAGUGCCCAGUUGGGUGCUCCCCUCCCCCUUGCUCCUGAUUGACAGCUCCUUUUUGUGCAGGCGCAGUAUGACGCAUUGAUAAAACCGCUUAAUUAACAAGAAUAAGGAUUUGUUCCCACAUGGCAGAUAUGCCACACGUUUGCCGCCGAGAAUUUGCCUAUGGUAAAUCUUCAGCAUUUUACAGUACCAAUAUCGUGAAGGCGAUCAUAAGGCUAUGUUCACAUGCAGUGAAUUUUUCAUGUGAAUAAUUCACAAAUACGCGGAAAAUGACAGUACAGUACAAGUCAAUAGAGUUUUGCUCACACUGUGCACAUUGCAGUUUUUUUUGUGUGUAUUCCUUUUUGCGGAUUUUAUUUGGAAAUCUGCAGCAUGUCCCUUAAUUUGCGCAUUGCUUGCGGAUUUACCGCAGAUUUUUCCCUUUGAACUCAAUGGAGUUCACCAGAUAUAAUUAGCAUGAGCCUUUUUAUAGGACUUCAAGGG